AUGACUAUUGGUGCUAGUGUUUGCCAGCGCGUUUCCCGGCAAAUGCGGCAGGAGACUUCUGCUGGUGAAUUCCAGUCGGUGGAGCGGCUGCAGACACUGAAGAAAGAUACACUACAGGAUGGACAAUUAGUGUGGAUUGCCCAGUCAGAUACCCCUUCACAUGAUAAGAAAAGGGCAUUUCGUACAUCCCGUGGAGAGAAACAUUUACUAUCAGAAGAGGAAAUUAAACGGUUUACCCGCACUCCAUACGAGCGUGGAUUUAAUGAAUUUAUUUAUGAAGGUCAAAUAAAACAUUUAAAAAAUAUGGAAAACUCAACGGAUCCACGAGGUUCUAUGCGUCAGGGUAGUGGAUCAUUAUUUUAUCCAAAUGGUUCAUCUUAUGUGGGAAAUUGGCAUCACAAUAAACGACAUGGUGUGGGUUGUGUUUCUAAUCAUAAAGGAUAUAGAUAUGCAGGUGAUUGGCGCAAUGAUGUACCUAAUGGAAAAGGAUAUGAAGUUUUUUCUUGUCGUGCUGCUAUUGAUGCGAACUACGAAAAUGGAUCUCCACAAGGAGAAGGGGUUAUACUUUACAAUCCAAAACUAAAUGCCUAUCGAUAUGAAGGUGAAUGGAAGAAUGGACAACGUCAUGGAAAAGGAAUUAUUUUUUACGCUAACGGAGAUACCUUUGCUUGUACAUUUUCUUAUGGUAAACGUGAAGGACGAGGAGUGACAACACAAACAGUAAAUGGAAAGUUAAUUCAGUAUGAAACGAAUUGGGAAGAUAAUAAACUUGUUAAUGGCCCAAAAUUAAUUCCCAAAGCUCUUCGUACACCCAAACCUGUUUCUUCUAUUCCAUAUAGAACUAAAGGAUAUUUAACUGCUGCCGAUAUCACAAAAUGGACUGUUACAGGUAAUCCUGUAGAUCUUCCAUUCGAACAUUUUAUGCAAUUAAAAUUGGGUUUUGAAUCAUUAGAUGUGGUUGGAUGUGGUUUUCUUCCAUUAAAAGAAUUACAUGCUGUUUGGCCAGAGAAUAAUAUGGAAAUGCUUAAAAAAUUAGAAAUUGAUAACCGAGAAUAUGUGGAAUUGCUGGAUAUAUUUUCUUUAUGGUAUCCAAAUGUUUCUCCACAUAAUAUAUAUCGAUUUAUGCAAGAAUUCAUAACACCAUUUGAUUUAUUGAGGAUUAGAGGAUAUCUUAAUGGUAUUGAAGAUUCGGACUCUAUGGGAUACUAUCAUAUAAUUGGUGAUACUUCACCUUUAAACUUUGGAAAUUCUCAACAUCCACCAUUACAGUUAAGAGAUCUUGAAGCACAUGAAUAUCGUAUUGGUGGAGAAAAGUUUAGUUCCGAAAAUUAUGAAACUGCUAGACAAUUUCAUGAUCCACCUCAUUUAUUAGAUGUAUUGGAAGUAUGGUAUCCUAAUAUUAUGCGGGUUACACUAGAGCAGUAUGAAAUGGAAGAUGUAGAAAAAGAUAUUAUUGACCCUAUACGAGUAGAUUUCAAUCGUUAUGCACGUGAUAUCUCUAUAAAUGGUGGAUAUCUUCUUAUUGAUGAUUUUCUACAGGCAGAGACUAAAUAUCGUGAAUUUUUACUCUCAGGAUAUCGGAAUAAUAUUAAUAGUAAUCAUAAUAAUAAAAUCAUGACAACACCAAAUAGAUUAACAUCAAAUCUUUUUCCUGAAACAUUCUCUCCUAGUAAUUCUGUUGAGGCAGAGAUGCGGCAAGGAUUUCAAAAAGGUACCGUUAUGUGGGUUUUGGGUAACCGAAUACGAAUUAAUAUUCCAUUUCUACUUGAGAUUGAGAACUUUUACGUCAGUCGAAAGGGUCAAAUUACAUUUGAUGAAUUACUGCGCUUCUGUUUCCCUAAUGUUCCUUGUCUUCGAACGCAAGAAGCUCUGCUGGAUCAAAUUACAGAUACCCCUUGUAGGUGUAGUCUCUGCAGUGCCAUUCCGGGC